AGAAGCAAGGCUCACAUGCUCAAGAGGGCAGAGACAAACAAGAAUAGGAGGCUGGUCCAUGUAUGAGCUCAGCCUAUAGGUCCAUGUCUGAGCCCUGUAUGUAACAGCGAACUGAAGCACGCUUAAGUUACAUCAGGCUGUUGGUGAAAGUUAGCUAGCUAGCUUGCAAUGGCGACACGCUGGGGAAUAUGCAGUGCAGGUAAAAUCAGUCACGACUUCUCGGUGGCUUUACGGACCCUGGCGUCUGAAGACCACCAGAUAGUGGCGGUUGCAGCGAGGGACCUGCAGCAUGCUGAAGAAUUUGCCAGGAAGCACAGCAUCCCUCGAGCAUAUGGAAGUUAUGAUGAGUUGGCAAAAGAUCCAGACGUCGAUGUGGUCUACGUCGGCACCAUCCAUCCUCACCACCUGAGUGCUGGCAAGCUCUUCAUGAAGUCCAGAAAGAAUGUGCUGAUUGAGAAGCCCCUGGCCAUGAAUUCAAGGGAGGUGCAGGAACUCAUCACUGCAGCCCAAAAAGACAACGUGUUUCUCAUGGAGGCAAUUUGGACGCGCUUCUUUCCGGCAUCGCUCGAAGUGAGGAGGCUGCUGAGUGGGGGUGAAGUGGGCGAUGUCCGGCUGGUGAGGGCCGAUCUGGGAGCUCCGCUCACCCACAUCGCUCGCCUGGCGGAGAGGAAAAUGGGAGGCGGGGCACUGCUGGACCUGGGCAUCUACUGUCUGCAGUUCGUCUUCAUGGUGUUUAAUGGAGAGAGGCCUGAGUCCAUCCAAGCCACGGGGCACUGCAUAGACACAGGAGUUGAUGGAACAGCAGUUUUGGUCCUGAAGUUCUCCGGCAACAGACUGGCCAUUUGCACUUGUUCCAUCACAGUGAUGCUGACGAAUGAUGCGGUUAUCACUGGGACCAAAGGCAACAUUAAGGUACCCAACCAUAUGUGGUGCCCCACAGUCUUGGAGGUGAAUGGGAAAGAGAUGCAGUUCCCCCUGCCAGAGGCUGACAUGACACUAAACUUCACCAACAGCACGGGUCUACGAUAUGAAGCUGAGGAGGUCCGCCGCUGUCUGCAGAAAGGACUGAAGGAGAGUCCAGGGAUGCCAUGGGCUCACUCCAGCCUGAUAGCAGAGGUCAUAGACGAGGCCAGGAGACAACUGGGAGUGACAUACGACCAAGACAGCAUCCAGUGAAGCACACCUGUAUCUCAACAUGCAGAAUGGCGGACUCUGAAUCAAAUUUCCUGUUGAAUUCAGGGCACGUGGUAUUAUUAUGGAUGUCUGAGUGAAGCUUGGACAUUUUUUUGUGUCUGCGCGUGUGUUCAGAUAGUAAUUUCCGCAACAGCAGAACCGUUAAAUCAGAAAAUGUAUUAUUAACUUUAAUAUGUAUGCAUGCUUUUCCUACUGUGACAGGUAAAAAUGUCUUCUGUGGGGGGAAAAAAGCCUGUUAAGAUUGUAAUGGUAACCUCCAUGUGUUAACUCUCAAGUAUUUUGUACAAAUGUCAUAGACUCUCUUGGCUGUUUUGUAAGGAAAUAAACUAAAAGGAAAAUCUGG